AGAAAAUGCAGGGCCCAUCAGACGACGAAAUUAAGAAACAAGCUGAGAAGGAGAAAAUAGAGAAGUUCAAACAAAGAGGAAGGAAAUACAAGGUUGACAUGAGGCCAAGAGUCUUUAUAAGGAAAAUGAGGCUAGAACUCCUCGUUUUUGGCUUCGGCGUCACCUGUGCUCUCUGUCUUCCUUACUACAUGAAAGCAAUUAGUAGAAAGAGGCAGGAGAAUAGGCGCCUUGAUUUAGAAGAAGCUUAUGCUAACUCUUUUGGCAAGAACCAAUCGGAUUUUGCGAAGAUGGGUGGUGUUGUCAAAAUUGACAAGUCAGGCAACAGAAGCAUCAUUAACCAAUCCCAAGAUGAUGGGAUGGAUGACUUUAUGAGGGAAGUCCAGGCUGCUAAUGAUCUUGCUAGAGAAGACAGCAUGUUAUCUAAUCAGAGUGAUCACUUCGGCGGACUUGGAAGUCAAAAUAUUCAAACUCGCAGAUUUGGUCAAAAGAGUUCAGGAUUCACGGGCAGAUAUAAUGAAUAAUUCCGGAUUGAUAUGCUUGGUUAACCUAAGGAAAAUUCAAUAUUUC